AGUGUCAUUUUAAGCUCUUUAACUCUAAAAAGAUGGGCCGCAUUAAGGAGAUUUUUUCAAAAUUCCGAAAGAGUAUUUCAGUUGAAAGGAGGAAGAAGAAGCAGCUGUUGUUGCUACUUGUGGCUUCCUUUCUACUAGUAGCUGCCGUCAUCGGUAUGGUGGCCGGAGUCACUUCCCACAAGAAUAAGAAUUUGAAAGCGAAUGCGGUACUGAAAUCAGCGUGUAGCAUCACUCUCUAUCCGGAGCUGUGCUACUCGGCGGUGGCCACCGUCCCAGGCGCCACCGACAACCUGUCGACCCACAAGGACGUGAUCGAGGUGUCUGUGAACAUUACGACGGAGGCGGUCCAGCAAAACUACUUCACCAUUCAGAAGCUCAUCGAUAACGGCAGCAAGAACAAGAGCCUGACGGAGCGGGAGAAGACGGCACUCCACGAUUGUCUUGAAAUGGUGGACGAAACCCUCGAUGAGCUACACAAGACCACCGACGAUCUAAAGGGUUACACAAGCGAUAAGAAGAAGAAGAAAAAGAAGAACAAGUCAAUAUCGCAAUAUGCGAACGACCUCAAGACGCUGUUGAGCGCGGCGAUGACAAACCAAGAAUCGUGCUUGGACGGCUUCUCCCACGACGAUGCCGGUAAGGAAGUGAGGAGUGUACUGGAAGCGGAUCAGAUUCAUGUGUACCACAUGUGCAGCAAUGCUCUCGCUAUGAUCAAGAACAUGACCGACACCGACCAAGUGCAAGAGCAGCAACAACAGCAUGGUUACAACCUAAAGUCCGCCGGGAGACAACUCAUCGGCAAAGAAGAUGAUGAUAGGGACGAGGGGAAGGAGAGUAGUAGUCGGUUCCCGGAAUGGUUGUCGGCUGGGGACCGACGGCUCUUGCAAGCUUCGGAGGUGAUGCCGAAUGUGACGGUGGCAGGGGACGGAAGCGGUAAUUACAGGACGGUGUCGGAGGCGGUGGCGGCAGCUCCGGAGAAGAGUAAAACGAGAUAUAUAAUAAGAAUAAAAGCGGGUGUGUACAGGGAGAAUGUGGAGGUGGCGAAGAAGAAGACGUACCUCAUGUUCGUGGGAGACGGGAGGAACAACACCAUCAUCACUGCUAGCAGGAACGUUGUGGAUGGCAGCACCACCUUUCACUCCGCCACCGUUGCGGUGGUCGGGGAGCGGUUCUUGGCUCGGGAUAUAACCUUCGAAAACACAGCGGGGCCGUCGAAGCACCAGGCGGUGGCACUCAGGGUGGGGUCGGACCUGUCGGCCUUCCACCGAUGCGACAUUCUGGCCUACCAAGAUACCCUCUAUGUCCACUCCCUCCGCCAGUUCUACGUGGACUGCCUGGUGGUCGGCACCGUCGACUUCAUCUUUGGCAACGGCGCCGUGGUAUUUCAGAACUGCGACAUCCACGCCCGCCUCCCAGACUCUGGACAGAAGAACAUGGUGACGGCCCAAGGGAGAGCUGAUCCAAAUCAGAAUACUGGCAUUGUCAUCCAGAAAUGUAGGAUCGGGGCCACCUCCGAUCUGGAACCAGUGAAGACCAGCUUUCCCACUUACCUGGGAAGGCCGUGGAAGCAAUACUCGAGGACCAUCAUUAUGCAGUCCAGCAUCACCGACGUCAUCGACCCGGCAGGCUGGCACGUUUGGAACGGCGAUUUUGCGCUUGACACAUUGUUUUACGGGGAGUACCAGAACACGGGUGCUGGCUCGGGGACUCCUCAAAGGGUGAAUUGGAAGGGUUACAAGCUCAUCACUGAUGCAGCCGACCUUCAACCCUUCACCGUUUCCUCUUUCAUUGCCGGUAGCACUUGGUUGGACUCCACUGGCUUUCCCUUUUCUCUCGGUCUUGAAUAACUUUUCAA